AUGAGCUUGCAGAGCUUUGCCAAAAUGGUUGCGAAAGUGUUGAAAAGAAGACGUUAUACAGGGUCUACCCCGGAGGCACCAGCUGUGUUGAGGGUUCUCGACGGACCCUUGUGCGAGCACCUCCCGCAGGACUGUCCAAGCUACUCCUUGUCUCCUCAAGGCGAGAGCAUACGGUUGAAGGACUUCGUCAGUGACAUGGCAGCAGUUUGCCCAUCCAGUUCAGGCUGUUUGCCGCCGGGCAGUUCACAAGAGCCUGCCGGAGUAGCUUUACCACGAGCCUUUGCAUUCUCCGUUGGCGCGUCCACCGGCGAUGCCACGCGGGACCCGAUGUUUGCCAACAAUGCGCGGCAAAGGAUCUGUAUAUGCCCAUGGGAUUUGACCGCCGCUGCCUGCUGCAAAAUGCUGUGUCAUGAGUUUGAGCGCUGCUGGGACUUGCAGCCCGGAUAG